GCGCGGGAAAAAAGCAUACCAAGUUGGGAGCAAAGUUGGAAGAAAGUUUGACGCAAAGUUCGAUGCAAAGUUCGAUGCAAAGUUCGAUGCAAAGCUCGAUGCAAAGCUUGCUGCAAUUUGGAUGCAAAAGAGAGAGCGUCGACCAGCUGAGCUCGCAAAAAAAAUCGUGAAAAGCGCCGAACGAACGAAUAAUAAUAAGUCAACCCCCCUCCUCCAUGCAAGCAUGUAUUUAUAUGCCUACUUAUGCUUAUGUAUAUAUAUGUAUAUAUGUACGUAUGUAUACCCCACCAUCCGCUCGGCCUUCCCCUUCUGUGCCUUUGCCACAAACAGCAAGUACAAUUACUGCUCCUACAAAGUGCUACAGUUUGACUUCUUCUCCGACAUAUGCUAGCCCUGCCGCCGCUGCCGACCGGGUAGUAGGGCCAGUUUGAUGUGACUCCUAACGCGAAAGGCAAUGUUCGCGUCAGCGUCCACGUUAGCGCUAUAGUCAACCGUAUAGUCAACGUUACUGCAAACGUGAGUGCCUAUCGCUUAGCAGACUCGCUUCCUUCUUCUCACCUCCCCCCAAUUAACACCCACCUUUUAAAUGCCAAAAUGGAUCAAAUUCGCAACAGACUCGACCACUACCAACCUGACGACAAAACCAAAGCCUUUUGCAGGAAGUACAUUUUUUUUGUGACCUUUUACACUUUUUUUGUUUUAAUCCUGCUCAUCUACAGCUUCUUUUCGACCAAGCUCUCUAUCUAUGGGUGGCUGCUUUUCACAAACCUCUAUUUCUGCGUCUUCCCCAUUUUUUCCUUCAUCGGCAAAUCCUACAUCCCCUCCCUGCUGAGGUUCUACAAUUGGAUGCUUUUGGUUUCCAGCAUAAUUUCCAUUUAUAUAAUUAUCGAGGGCAUCUUCACCUACAGCGCGAAGGACCUCUCCCUGAUGAUCACCUAUGGCGUCCUAACGUGGGUCAACACGGCGCUCUGUUGGAAGGCAACCCAGAGCAUCUUUGACGGGGUGAGGACGCAGCAUAGCCUCCUGGACAGUCUAAAUCCAAAAUCGAAUGGCAAAAAGGGAAACAAUGAUGACAAUAAAAAAUGGGGACUGAAGAAAAAGUUCUUUGGAAAAGGAAAAACCACGAAGGAUUCCCAUUACGUGGAGGUCUGA